GUGUGGCGCUACGGUGCGUGCGUGCGAUAGACACAGAGAGAGAGAGAGUGUACGAGAGAGAUAGCGUGUGCGUGCGUGUGUGUGUGAAAGAGAGAGAGAGUAGACGUUUGCCGAGAGAGGAGAAAAAUGCCUGUGCGACUUCACCGCCGUCAUCGUUCAUGACCAGCAGCAGCAGCAGCAGCUGCCUUGUGCCUCCUUUCUUUUGUUUCGCCGCCGACCCGAACCGCGAGAGCGUGUGCGUGCGCCCGUGUGCUCGUUGGUGCAUUGGUGUGCGCGAUUGUGUGUGUGUGCGGGAGAAUCGAGUUACGGUGUGUAUAUGCUGUAUAUGUGCGUGUGAGCUGCGGAGUACAGACUGUAGUGACUGUGUGUGUGUGUGAGAGCGUCGUCGUCGUCGCUGUUGUCGUCGUCGUCGUCGCCGUCGCCGCCGCCGCCACCGCGUUCACGUAUACACACACAUACGCAACUUAAUAUAAAUUUUAUAAAAAAAAAUAAUAAUACUUUAAUAUUGUAAUAAAUAAUAUUAUUGUUUAUCAGCACUAGUGGAGUAGGCUUAAAGUGGCAGACCGCAGAAGUCAGUGUGUGCGUGUGUGUACGUCUGUAUUUAUAAAUAAAAUUGUGUACGUGUGCGCGUGUUGUGUCCGUAUGUAUUCGUCGUAGGUUCGCGUUCGCGUGCAAUAAUAAUAAUAAUAAUAAUAAUAAUAAUAAUAAUAAUAAUAAUAAUAAUAGUAAUCAAUCAAUUUUGUGAUAAAUUUUUUACCCGCUAUACCAUAGGUGCAUCUUAAUUGUUUCGUUUUAUAUAUCAUUUUGUUGUCCGACCGUACGCGACGCGUUUUAAAAAUUGUACGAAAAACAUCCUCGAAGAGAAUGCCGAGCGCAUCGUUCAGCUCUACCCGUUCUUAUACGCGGAGGACGAGGAGAAAAGGCACCAACCGUUUGCCUAUACCGUCUAGAACGUCGAAUUCUGGUGGAGUUGUUGAAGCUGGAGUAACAUGUGAACCUUUAGUUGCUGCAAGUGGUAGCUAUGCUACUCCAGGAGGUGCUAGUACUAGUACUAGCUUUCAACAUGUGCCGCCUUAUGAUUUACGUGGCCGAAAAUCACCUUUACACUUACAUGAUGCUAGUACUGCUGGAUUUAAUGCAACAGCACCAGUUCACCCGACUGCCACUCGUCCUACAUCACCUACAGCAUCAGCUACUGCAUCAGUAUUACAGUCAGCUGCUACUCCACCUUUAUCUCAACCUGCUCGAAAACGGCUUAGGAGAAAUACUUCAUGUACAAUUACUAGCUCUGACAAUUCAAAUUCAGCCGCCCAUUAUUUACAAUGUGAACUGCCAGAUGAGGUAAUGUUAACGAUAUUCAGUUACUUAUAUGAACAAGAUCUAUGCAGAAUAGCUCAAGUUUGUAAACGAUUUCAAGCAAUAGCUAAUGAUAAUAAUCUAUGGAAAAGAUUAUAUCAAAGUGUAUUUGAGUAUGAUACACCACUGUUUCAUACAGAAAAUUGUCGUUUUGAUUUUAUUCCAUUCGAAGAAAGUGAACACCACAAUCCGUGGAAAGAAAGUUUUAGGCAACUAAAAAAACGUUGUUUACAUGUACGACCACAUUAUAAUGGUACUGCUAAAGACCCAGUUAGGAGAAUGCCACAUUUUGAAACAAUCCAAGCGGGUUUAGAUUAUGCAGAUGAGCAUUUAAAUGGUGGAGCAAAAAUAUUUUUACAUCCUGGUACUUAUCGUGGAGAAUUUUUGGUGAUAGAUUCAGAUGUAACAUUAAUUGGAGCUGCUCCUGGUGUUGUUGCUGAUGCAGUAAUUCUUGAAAGAGAUUCUGAAUCAACUGUAAUGUUUGUUGAGGGUGCCAAAAGUGCCUAUUUGGGACAUGUUACAUUAAAAUUUACUCCAAACGUUACUUCAACAGUACCACAUCAUAAACAUUUUUGUUUGGAAGUUGGCGAAAAUUGUUCACCUACAAUUGAUCAUUGUAUUAUAAGAAGCUCAUCAGUUGUAGGAGCUGCUGUAUGUGUAAGUGGAGCUGGUGCAAAUCCAAGGAUUCACCAUUGUGAUGUUAGUGACUGUGAAAAUGUUGGUAUAUAUGUUACUGACCAUGCUCAAGGAACAUUUGAAGACAAUGAAAUUUGUAGAAAUGCUUUAGCUGGUGUUUGGGUUAAAAAUCAUGCAAAUCCAGUAAUGCGUCGCAACCAUAUACAUCAUGGAAGAGAUGUGGGCAUAUUUACAUUUGAUAAUGGAUUGGGUUUUUUUGAAGCUAAUGACAUUCAUAAUAACCGCAUUGCUGGUUUUGAAGUCAAAGCUGGAGCAAAUCCAUCUGUUGUACAAUGUGAGAUUCAUCAUGGUCAGACAGGUGGCAUUUAUGUCCAUGAAAAUGGUCUUGGCCAGUUUAUUGAUAACAGAAUUCAUAGUAAUAACUUUGCUGGUGUUUGGAUCACUUCAAAUAGCAAUCCAACUAUACGGCGGAAUGAUAUAUAUAAUGGACAUCAAGGUGGAGUAUAUAUAUUUGGUGAAGGCAGAGGACUUAUUGAACAUAAUAAUAUAUAUGGAAAUGCAUUAGCUGGUAUUCAAAUUCGUACAAACAGUGACCCUAUUGUUAGGCAUAAUAAAAUUCAUCAUGGACAACAUGGUGGAAUAUACGUACAUGAGAAAGGUGCAGGGCUUGUUGAAGAAAAUGAAGUAUACGCAAACACAUUAGCUGGUGUUUGGAUCACUACGGGUAGUACUCCAGUUUUGCGGCGCAACCGAAUCCAUUCGGGUAAACAAGUGGGUGUAUAUUUCUAUGAUAAUGGACAUGGAAAACUUGAAGACAACGACAUUUUUAAUCACUUAUAUUCUGGUGUUCAAAUAAGAACUGGUAGUAAUCCAAUAAUUAAAGGUAAUAAAAUCUGGGGAGGUCAAAAUGGUGGAGUUUUAGUAUAUAAUGGUGGAUUAGGAGUUUUGGAACAAAAUGAAAUAUUUGAUAAUGCAAUGGCUGGUGUUUGGAUAAAAACAGAUUCUAACCCAACACUUAAACGCAAUAAGAUCUAUGAUGGCAGAGACGGUGGAAUAUGUAUAUUCAAUGGUGGUAAAGGUAAUUUAGAAGAAAAUGAAAUAUUUAGAAACGCUCAAGCUGGUGUUUUAAUUUCAACUCAAAGUCAUCCUACAUUGAGGCGCAAUAGAAUUUUUGAUGGCUUAGCUGCUGGCGUUGAAAUCACUAACAACGCAACAGCUACCUUAGAUAGUAAUCAAAUAUUUAAUAAUCGUUUUGGUGGGCUUUGUUUAGCCAGUGGUGUACAACCUAUUGUUAGAUGCAAUAAAAUUUAUAGUAACCAAGAUGCUGUAGAAAAGGCUGUAUGUAAUGGUCAAUGUUUGUAUAAAAUAUCCUCAUACACUUCAUUUCCAAUGCAUGAUUUUUACCGUUGUCAGACUUGCAACACGACUGAUAGAAAUGCAAUUUGUGUAAAUUGUAUAAAAACAUGCCAUGCUGGACAUGAUGUUGAAUUCAUAAGGCAUGACAGAUUUUUCUGUGAUUGUGGAGCUGGCACAUUAAAUAACCAAUGUCAGUUACAAGGAGAGCCAACCCAGGACACAGAUACACUUUAUGACUCAGCAGCACCUAUUGAAUCACAUACUUUAAUGGUGAAUUAAAAAGUAAAGAAGACAUUUUAAGUACUUAAUAUUAAGUAAAACAAAAUGUAUGUAUCAUAUUAGGAUUUUUUAAUUGUUAGUAAAUAAUACUUGAUGGUAAAUGAACCAAUUAAUAAACCCCUUAUAUGGUUUAUUAUGUAACCUUAAGUAUAAAUUUAUUCAUUCCUUUUGUUCUUCUACUUAACAAAAAACCUUUUCGUUUUAAAACUGAAUAAAACGUACAACCUAAUAUAUUGUCCAAUUUAUUAUUACUAAUUCAUUGUGUAUUAUUUUGGAUAAAUAUUUUUGACUGCAUAAUUAUGUGAUUUAUCAUUUCAUGUUAAUAAUAAUAAGCCAUUCAAAUUUAAACAAAACAAUUGGUUGGCUCACCUUAUUCUUGAUAGGAAAUUUUUUUUUUUAUACUUAAAUCAGAUUACCUGAAUAUUACCUACCAUUAGGCUUAAAUCUAAAUUAUGGUAUUAAUCUAUCAAGUCUGUUAAUAAAUUAACAAAAUUAAAAUUUAAUUUGUAUUUUUUUUCGUAUUUUAAUUAUUAAUUUUGAUGUAUAUUAUAAUAAAUAUAUAUAUCGAUUUAAUUUAUUAAAUGUAAUUAAUAUUAGAGUGUGUACUUUUUAUAAAUUGUGCAAUAUAUUUAUUGAAUAUAUAUAUAUAUUAUUUUUCAUAUAAAUUAUCAUUUUUUUUUUGUAUCAUUCUAGACAAUUAUUGUAUAUUAGUUAAGGCCGUUUUGUGUAUAAAUUAUUUCCAUGUAACAUCUAAGCUUUAAUUGUAAUGGUAAUAGAAUGUACUACAUCUAUAUUGUUUAUAAAUAAUUUUAGAAAUAUUUGAAACUCGACAUCAAAAAUAAUUUUGUAAAUAGAGUUAAAAAUAAUUUAAAAUAUUUGUAUUUGUUAAUUUGUAUUCGUUUUUUUUUCGUAGACUUAAUGUACAUGUUUUCAAAAUAACAUAAAAAAUGUUGAUUUCACAAUUUUUUUUCAUGUAUUUAUAUAUAAAUAUAUAAUAUGGUAUAUAUUUAUAUAUAUUUAUACUUGACAUAAUAACUAAAUAAACAGCACUUAAUGAAAAAAAGAAAGAAAAAAACGUUACCAUAAUAUUAAAACAAUUUUUUUCUGUCUUUCCAUUGCUCAAAACAAACUAAUAUAUAAAAAAAAAAAUGUUAGAAAUUAUAUAGCACUAUGAUUCUUAUCAUCCUUAAAUAAAAUCACAGGUCCUGCGUGCAAUUUUUCUUAGUGUUUAGAGUUGUUGUUUAUGUGUUUGCUUGACAUUUUAUUGUAAUGCAUUUAUUUAACAAAAAUGUGUAAAUAAUUUUUUUUAAAUUCAAUUUGUUUUCUUUUUUUUAUGCUGUGUUGUGCCAUAAAUUAAUAUUUUGUACAGGAAAACACUCCAAACUAUCAGGACAGUUUUUUUUAAACAUUUUUAAUUUGCUGUUUUUAUUUUCAUAAUUAUUAAAUAUUUUUUCUAUUCUUCAAAUGUAUUUAAGGUUGUGAUUUAAUUUCAUUUUAACAUAAUAUUAUGAUGAUUAAUAAAACUAGUAAAAUACUUUAUUUCCUGAUCUUAA